UAUCUCUCUCUGUCUCUAUAGGGUUGAUCAGAAUGGGAAGAUCACCGUGCUGUGAAAAGGUAGGGUUGAAGAAAGGGCCAUGGACACUUGAGGAAGACAAGCAGUUGUUAGCUUACAUUGAGCAGUACGGCCAUGGAAGCUGGCGAGCUUUGCCUGCAAAAGCUGGGCUGCAAAGAUGUGGGAAGAGCUGCAGACUAAGAUGGACUAACUACUUGAGACCUGACAUUAAAAGAGGAAACUUUAGUCUGCAAGAAGAACAAUCCAUCAUUCAGCUCCAUGCUCUUCUUGGAAAUAGAUGGUCAGCCAUUGCGGCUCACCUGCCAAAGAGAACGGAUAAUGAGAUAAAGAACUAUUGGAAUACCCAUUUGAAGAAGAAACUAUGUAAGAUGGGCAUUGAUCCAAUGACGCAUAGGCCAAAGAUCAACUCCUCAUUCGGCUCAGCCGCCAAUCUCAGCCACAUGGCUCAGUGGGAGACCGCCCGGCUCGAAGCCGAAGCUCGCCUCGUCCGCCCCUCCAAGUUCAUCGGUUCCUCUCUUAUCUCACCUCGCCACUUCAGAAAUAAUCCUCCGCCGCCGCCGCCGCCCAAAGUCCCGCCGCCUCUCGACGUGCUAAAAGCUUGGCAAGAAACGUGGACCAAGCCGCCCAGGACGAGGGUUUCAUCCGACGGCGCGUUUGUCUCAACCGCCACUCUAAAUCAAUCUCCGACAACCUUAAACUUUUCCGACCAAAUCUUAAACUUUUCCGACCAAAACUUAUGUAACAAGGAAACUCAGUCCAGUAUAGGAAACCCUAAUAACACCGCCGGCGACGGCAUAAUCCCGCACGUUUCCAUGGAUCCCUUAACGGAACUCCCAACCUUCAUACAUGGGUUGUCGGAUCUUUCACCGGAAGCCCUCACCGGAUACUUGGACGACGAUAAUUUCGUCGGAAACUGCGGAACGGCCGACGUGGAAGACAACAGCCGUUACUGGAACAGCAUCCUUAAUAAUCUGGUGGCGUCUCCGGUGGGUUCGCCGGUUUUUUAGCUAAUUAAUUAUCACUUAUAAGUAUCCUUAAUUAAUUAAUUAGGAUUAUUAGUGUGAUAGUACGUUCAGUGUGUUAUCUAAUUUAGUGGCCUUUAAUAAUAAUAAUAAUAACCAUUAAGGA